AGCGCACUCAGUCGGAGAGGGAUCCACACCUGGAAACAAACUUUCCAAACGCAGUUUGCUGAAAAGCAGACAGCCGAAGAGAAAUGCAGAGAUCUUCAGCUGCGCACUCGGUCUAAGAGCAGCACGGAGAAACCGGGAAAGAUGGCGUGGACGCAGGCUUGCGUUCUGCUCGCUCUGGCUUCACUUGGACUUUUAUUUCUCGGCGUCUCGGUGGAAGGAGAGCCGCAGGGGGAUCAACAGGAGGAGGAGGAGAGGUCCUGUCAGGGUGCAUUCGACCUCUAUUUUGUUCUGGACAAAUCUGGAAGUGUGAAAUAUCACUGGAAGGAGAUUUACUUGUUUGUGAAGCAGUUGGCAGAAAAGUUCAUCAGCCCCAUGCUGAGGAUGUCUUUUAUAGUCUUCUCCACCCAAGGAAAGGUCAUCAUGCCACUGACAGAGAACAGGGAGGCCAUAACUGAGGGCUUAAGGGCUUUGGACAAAGUUGUCCCAGGAGGAGACACUUACAUGAACUUAGGACUUGAGAUGGCCAAUGCACAGAUAUAUCGAGAGAAGCAAGGAACUGCCAGUGUUAUAAUCGCGCUGACUGAUGGGGAACUGAAUCUGUGGCAGUUUGACACAGCGCAGCGAGAGGGACAGAGAGCCAGGUCAAUGGGGGCCACCGUUUAUUGUGUUGGGGUCAAAGAAUUCAACCAGACUCAGCUUGCAACUAUUGCCGACAGUAUGGAGCAUGUGUUUCCUGUAUGGGGUGGUUUCCAAGCACUCAGGGGAAUCAUUGACUCGAUCAUCAAGAAGUCUUGCAUUGAGAUUCUGGCAGCUGAGCCAUCCAGCGUGUGUGCGGGAGAGAGUUUCCAGGUGGUGGUUAGAGGGAAUGGUUUUCUUCAUGCUAGAAACAUCAACAAGGUCCUCUGCAGCUUCAAACUCAAUGAUACACACUCUGUGGAUGAAAGACCAGCUGGGAUUGAGGAUACCUACCUGCUGUGUCCGGCUCCUGUCAUAGAGGAAGUUGGAAGGGUGAUUUUCCUUCAGGUGAGCAUGAACGAGGGCCUCACCUACAUCACCAGUUCUGUCCACAUCACCACUACAGAAUGCUUUGACGGCACCAUUGUGCUAAUAUCAAUGCUGGUCUUGUUCCUGCUGUUGGCUCUUCUGCUGAUGUGGUGGUUCUGGCCUCUCUGCUGCACCGUGGUGAUCAAGGAACCUCCACCACCACCGCCUCCAGAGCCCGAGUCAGAUGAAGAUGAUGGAAUGCCGAGGAAGAGGUGGCCCACCGUGGAUGCCUCGUAUUACGGGGGAAGAGGAGUUGGUGGCAUUAAGCGCAUGGAGGUGCGAUGGGGGGAGAAAGGCUCAACGGAAGAAGGUGCCAAACUGGACAAACCUAAAAAUGCUGUGGUAAAGAUGCCAGAGCAGGAGUUCGAACCCUACGAACCCAAACCUCGAAAACCGCACCGCCGCCCCCCACAGCAGAAGACGUGGUACUCGCCAAUUAAAGGCAAAUUAGAUGCUCUGUGGGCUCUGUUCAGAAGAGGCUACAACCAGGUAUCCCUGAUGAGACCUCAGCCCGGAGAUCAGGGUCGUUGUAUUCGCUUCCAGCGCAUCAGAGAUGAAGGACCCUCUCCAAAGCAUGAGAGUCUUCCUCGUAGGCCUCGUUCUCCCUCAGCAACUCCUCCUUCUCCUCCUCCUCCUCCAGCUGAAGAGCAACCCUUGGUCUCUGUCUCUGUCCCCCGGACAAAGCCUCCAUCCAGAGGACCUCGCACCGCCCUGCCUUCCAUCGCAACACCUCCGUCUCGAGCACCCCCUCCCAUGGUGCGACCUCCGCCGUGUACACCCCCAGCUCGUUUACCCCCAGGGCCCCCACCCUCCCGACCGCCACCGAGGCUGUAAAAAAAGAAGAGAAAACGCAGUGCACAAUCAUUACGUCAAAAAUGUGUAGACUCAGACAGAAGACAUUUCUUGACCACCACCACCCCUGUGCCUUGUUGCUGGACAGCAAAAUGUAUCCGCUGUGGUUUCUGAUGGAGCACAGCACUCCAAAGACGAAAUAACCAUGCAGGUGCUUUAUCCGGACUGUGCAUUAGGUCAAGUAGGCUAGCUAGACGGUGAGAGGAAGUGCAAUCAUUUCUGGAAAUCCAACCUCUGAGGGAUUUGGUGUUGCUAAAUGCUAGAUUUUUGCAUGAUUGGGGAAAGUAAACAGGAAAUAGAAGAGUUUUGUUUGUAAUUUUGACCAACACAGCAUGUAAGGAAAGAUAAAUGGCAGUAAGAGCUAUGUUGUUGUUUUUUUUUCUUUUAGUCAUCACCAACUGAGCAUUUUCUAUGUAAACGUAAUUUUUUCAACCAAAGAAACAUUUUCUGCAACUUUUUUCCCCUAAUUUUUUAAUAAAUAAACAAUGACCUUGUUGCAACUGCAGGCCAGUUUUUUUAAUUACUUUUAUUUAUUGUAACACAGGCCCUUAAGUUUUUCCUAAAGCGGGGUGGGUUUUUUAGACUCUAUGGGGCAGGGGCAUGUAGACGGGUUUUCUGCACAGACAAAUAUGCAAGACUUUGUUAACAAUGUGCUAUCUUCAUGGCUUGUUUUUAGCUUUUUUUUACUGACUGAAAUGAUCAUUUGCAUUAUUUCUUUAACAACUUUUAUGUUUUCAAUAAAGUUUUUCUUUUUUUUUCUCA